GUGUCCUUUUUCAUACGAUCGUCGAGCUUCAACAAGUAAACAAUCUUCGCAGUUAUGGUGUCAGAGGAGUCGAGAAAAUCAAGUUCUUUUCUUGUGGUUUGGGACAUUUGAAGGCUCUCCGAGAUGCUGCCUUAGUGUUCAAAGGAAGGAGGAAGGUGUUAUUGUAAACCAGGACGAAAUUUGAGCCUCUAAGAGGAGGGUUAGCAUAUGAUAAUAAUGGGAGGCCGGGAAUGUGAUCCUUGAGCAGGAAGACUGCACGGCUGCAUUUUAAGAGGAAAAGGCACCAAACAAGGCAGUAGUUUCUAAAGACCUCAGACCUUUCUUUCUUCUACCUUCUGAUCUCUCUCUCUCUCUCUCUCUCUCUCUCUCUCUCUCUCUCUCUCUCUCUCUCUCUCUCUCUCUCUCUCUCUCUCUCUCUCUCUCUCUCUCUCUCUCUCUAUCUCUCUCUAUCUCUCACACAUUCUCUCCCCACCCUUCUCCCUCUCUCUCUUUCUCUCUUUUUUGUAGCCCCUACUACAGCCAUCAUGGAUGCCACACUGGUUGUCAGGGAGCCACUCACCUUGGCUAUGACGUUGCUCUACCUUGCCCUCUUCUUCUACAUCUACGUUCAGCUCAUUCUUGUUCUUGUCUACGGUCAUAAGAGAUGGUGUUACCGAACGUUCCUGUUGUACACAUGUGCCAUGUGGUCAGGCUUACGUGUGACGCUGUUCUCCUACUACUGCUACUUGGAGCACGGCAAUGCCCACGAGACCAUCCCUGAACUUUCGCGUCACGUAGGCACACCUGCCUACUUUGUGCUCUUCUCACUUCCUGUCUAUCUCCAGUUCUGCAUCCUCUGCUUGCUUGUCGCCUACUUCUCACAGAUUGUCCAGAGCUCAGAGGACAGGUACCAUCCCACACGAUGGAGGAGUGUGUCUGGCCACACCAUCAUGGUGGUAACAGCCAACUUGGUGGUAUUGGUCACGAACUUGGCAUGUGCAAUCCUGAUCAAGAAAGCAGAAAACAGCAUGCCAGCUCUGUCAGCAAGUGCAGUGCCGAGCCCGAAGCUGAUUGUGUCUGAGUUGACUGGCUCUGUACCCUACGUUAUCUAUGUCCGUGUCUUCGUCAAUGGCAUCAUGUUUAUCACCAUGGCGGCUGCCCUUGCCUACCUCAUUGUACAAGUUGCCAAGACAGCAGAGGUGCGCCUGUUGCUGGAAACGGAGGAUAUGACUCAAGCUGGUGCUCGGAGUGUUGGAAUACUGCUGGUUUCGCUCUAUCUUUGCCGCACAAUCGCAAAUGUUUUGGCCCUCAUACCUUGUGUGGAGUGGGUGUAUGAUACAGACCAGGUUGACCUCCUCAGCGACAGUGAAUAUGGUUACUACACCUUCAUUACCGUGCAGAUCCUUUGGGAAUACCUGCCCACACUUGCCUCCGUUGUCUUCUUCAGGGUCAAGAAGCCCAUGCUGCUGUCUUACCCUCCUAUCCUGGAGCCAUUGUCCCGGUCAGCAGGAAUGCGUGCCAGCGAGAGCGAGGAAGACGGAGGAUUCUCUAAUCACUACCUACACCCACACAUAUCAUUCCAGCAGGCUUCGGACACCUGGUUUGGGAACUCAAGUGGAGGCCUAGUGGAUUCCCACAACCUCUCCCCAACUCGAGGAGGCAUACACCACAAUGCAGCACACUCUCCGGCACACAGAUUUCUGUACCGUUACAUGGGCUACAGGAACUACACAGAGAGUCAGUAAUCUUUUGGCGAGUAUGACACGGAGGUGUUCAUGAUUUUGGACUAAGCAUUGAAGGCCCAUUACCAAAACAAUUUAAGACUGUAAGGUUGUAACACUUGCUGCAAUUCUAUUGUAGUGGAAGUUGCAGAAGCCAGGAAAGUACAUUUCUGUAAGGGGAGUGAAUAUCCUGUGUUUUAGGUAAAUUUUCCACUCUGGUUCUGGUUAAGUGAAGCAUUUAGUUCCCCUUUAAUUUUAUGAAAAAGUACACAUAAUAAGCUUGACUGAGAGUGAGAGUUGAUACUUUAAAGGGGGAUAGGAAUGCAAGAGAUGCUAGUGAUGGUAUAUGUAAAAGAGUGUGAGUUUGAAUUGCCAACUAAGAUAUAAAUGAGUCACUAUGUAUGCAUCAUGUAGAUCUGAAUAUGAUUAAGUGGACAGUUAGGAAGUUAUAUAUUAAUGCUGUGGCUAUUAUUUGAGUUUUGGUUGAAUUAUAGUGAAAAUUUAGUCAAAUAUAUGAAUAAAGCUUCCAUUAGAUCAACUUAUUGCAAAGUAUUCUCAAUUAAAUUACAAACAUCAAAAAAUUAGAAGGAAUUGAGUCUGUAUCUUCUAGAGACAAGUUUUCACUGAAUAUGUAACAUCAGAUAAUUAAAAUUAGUAUGAGAAUGAGUGAAUUGCAUGUAAGAUGAAGUUAGGAUCAUGUGGAUGAGAUUGAUUGUGUGAAACAUACUGUGUGCUGAGAGCACAUCUAUUUACAGAAUAUAUUUUUUUGUUGUCCAGUGAGAGGGCAGUGGAUCUGAAGUAUAUUUUUUUUAAUCUUAUAGAUUUUUCUUUAUUUCUAUAAUAAUUUCCCAUAAUGUUUUUGGUAUAUUUUUGGAGCUCAUCUCUAAUAUCCAGUAGAGAAAUUUAUCUGAAACUUCCAUUUUUCGUAUUUUCUAUAUAAUUCAGUUUGUAAUAGUCUUGCAAAAGUAUGUUUUGAAAAUGCACAUAGCUAUCUGUUGUUUUUAAUGUACAUACAGGUAGCACACCAUUCAUUGAGCUUUUGUGUACAAGUUAUGAUAGACAGUGUGCAGAAUUUGAACACAAUGUCAUGAAUACAUUAUACACCCAUGAUAGAACACUUGAGCUUCUUAUGUUCAUUGAGAGUCAGAAUGAAUAUUGUGUGCCAGUUUGAUUAGUUUGGUUGUUCCCACAGUUGGUUAGGUAAUACCAGUUCUCGGUUUAUUAAUUUAUUUCACAAGUUUGUAUUUGUACCAAAACUAAAAAGCUUUAGCAUGGUAUCUUACACAGAUUGAAUGUUUCUAGAGCAGUAUUUUGAGGUUUAGUUCUUGUUUGUAUUUAUGAAUAUGACUGUGUAAGUAGAAGGGGUAAAUUUUGCAUUUAAUGUUGACUGGGUAAAAGUUUCAUUUAGUUAAUUCGGAAACAUGGAACUUUAGAUUCAACUGUAUAAUUCAUACAGUAAAGGACUAUAGAAUUUUGUGACAUUAUAUAUUUCUGUAUAAAUCAAGUCCUGUGAUGUGGAACCUUGUGAAUGGAAUCUCUUAUGAGUAAGUUCACAAGGUUUGGAAUAAUAUUAUUGUUCAGAAGAGCAUCUGUAGGUGCUUAAACUACAAUUCCCAAAGAAAUACAGUAGCUUUAGAAACUCAGUUAUUCACAAUACACAAAAAAAACCUUGUCCUAUGAAAAAUAAGCUUUUAUUGUGAUAAAAUUACUCUCCUUGUGUAAUAGCUGUUGCAUGUAAUGUGUUGUCCUUUCCCCUUGGCUUUUUCUAGACAUACUUUUAAGAAUGGUUAUCACUCCUGACUUUUGUAUCCUGGAGUUGGUGUAAUGUUCAGGUGCUUGAGGAUGGAUCUAUAAUAGGAGAUUGAAAGUUAUAGUCAUGAUUCCAGCAUCUAUGCAUGCAUGUGUUUGGGGAUAAUUGUUGUGGGAAAUGCACGUUCUUGUGAUAAGUACAGAAUUAAGAAGUAUCUGUGAUGUAUAGAUGAUAGUUUAAGAGCUUGUCAGGAAUUGGAGAAUGCAUUAAUAUCAAAGGCAAGUUGGUUUGUAUUAAGAAAAGUAUAUUUUUCUGGGUUUUGAAGACUGUACAGAGGAAUUGUCAUAGUAACAUUUAGUGUGUUGUCUUGUGCAUAUUGUGCUUUAACCCCUAAAGGAUGGCAAAAGUCAGAAUUUCAUGUGCAUGUAGGUGGAGAAAAAUGCAAUUCUGUUGUCUACUAUAAUUCACAAUUAUUUUGUAUUGAUUUUCAUUUAGAUAUGUCAUACAGAUGAU